UAACCCAGAGGCCCAAGCAUCCAGUCCAAUCUUUAAGUACAAUUAAAAACAACAGGGUUAGCCAAAAUGCUGUAUAUUUCAUUAAAUAUAAAACAAUGCAAAGUUACAGAAUAAAAAUAAAGCACAGAUUUCAACAAAAUAAUCUGCUCCUUUUCAAGCAUUUCAUGAUGGCAACCGGUUCAGGAUGUCCCCCGCCUACUGCCCGAAGACGGAUGGGAUAGGCUCCAGGACCCCCCGCGACCCCUGUGAGGAUAAAGCAGAUCGGAAAAUGGAUGGAUCGAUGAAAUAAGUUAAUAUCUUCAACAAUACUUCUGCAAACUAUGUGUGUAGCUACAAUCCUCAGGGAGUAAAAGAUAUCCAGAUACUGCAGCACCUGAAUGACAGUAAUAAUUUUAUUGUUCUAAUCUAAAUUGAAAUCAUGAAGUGCAACAUGUUUUUUUUUUCCAUUUAAAGUUUACAUUUGGCACACCGUGACGUUGACCAAUGGGUAGCUCUAUGAAGAAGAUCAAUAGUGUGCUACAAUGAUCCACAGUCACGUGCGCGUGCAUGCACGCACACGCACACGCACACACACACACACACACACACACACACACACACACACACACACACUCUAUGUCAGUCACACACAAGAGAAUAGUCAGGCAGUAGAACAAUGUGAGUUGGAUUGCAACACACAUCACAUCAGCGAUUACAAGAAAUUGUGAGUGACCAAGCAAGGUGUGUUCAUCUUAUCUGUGGGAGCUCUCAGCGAUGUGAGAACAUCUGCCAACUUCUGCUUCACCUUCACACUCCACCUGCGUGGGCGCAACAUUUGACAAUCUCAGGGCAACAGAGCGGCAGCAUGGAUGCACUCAAGCCACCUGGGCUUGCAAAGGAACAUAAUGAAGGAAAUGACUGCAAAAUGCAAAAAGAAACUCCUGCAGACUCUACCCUGGCGCUGGUAGACGAUGCCCGGCCAGAGGAGGAAGACCCUUGGGAUCUGCCUGAGCUGAAAGACACGGGGGUGCCAUGGUCAGCUUUGGACACAAAAGGGAAGGUGCUGCGGGUGUUGGUGUCAGUGGUGAAACUGGCUGUGCUGCUCGGUCUCCUCUACAUGUUCAUCUGCUCCCUAGACAUCCUUAGCUCAGCCUUCCAGCUUGUAGGAGGAAAAGCAGCAGGCGACAUUUUCCAGGACAAUGUUGUCUUGUCCAACCCUCUGGCUGGUCUGGUCAUUGGCGUCCUGGUUACUUUGCUGGUUCAGAGCUCAUCCACUUCAUCCUCCAUUGUUGUCAGCAUGGUCUCCUCUGGAUUGCUAACAGUCCAGCUAGCUGUUCCGAUCAUCAUGGGCACCAACAUCGGCACCUCGGUCACCAACACAUUGGUUGCCAUGACGCAGGCUGGGGACCGCAGUGUCUUUCGCAGGGCGUUUGCGGGGGCAACCGUGCACGACUUCUUCAACUGGCUGUCGGUUCUGGUGCUGCUGCCUCUAGAGGUCGCCACCGGCUACUUGUACGAGGUCACCAAGCUCAUCAUCGACUCGUUCCAAAUCCAGAGCGGAGAGGCCCCCGACCUGUUGAAUGUCAUUACUGAUGUCCUCACAGAUUCCAUUAUAAAGCUGGACAAGUCUGUCUUAAGCGAAAUAGCCACCGGAGAUCCAGCAGCCCGGAAUAAAAGCCUCAUCAAGAAAUGGUGCAAAACUUACACCAACACGAGCACAGUAAAUGUCACCGUUCCUGGUCCAGAGAACUGCACCUCUCCGUCAAUGUGUUGGACUGACGGCAACUACACCUUCACACUCAAGAACAUUUCACAGACGUACAACAUCAAGAAAUGUGAGCAUGAGGUGACACAAAGUCAUUCAUCUUUGCAUGCACUUGACCUUGACAUGUUCUCUGUAUGCGUGUUGUCAGGUGAUCACCUUUUUGUAGACGUGAACUUGUCCGACCUGGCUGUGGGUUUGAUCCUUCUGGCUCUCUCUCUGCUGGUGUUGUGCUCCUGCCUGUUGCUUAUAGUCAAGUUGCUCAACUCCAUGCUCAAGGGUCAAGUGGCCAUGAUCAUCAAGAAAAUACUGAACACUGAUUUCCCAUUCCCCUUUGGUUGGGUCACGGGAUACAUUGCCAUUUUAGUCGGAGCGGGAAUGACGUUCAUCGUGCAGAGCAGCUCUGUUUUUACCUCUGCUAUCACUCCACUUGUUGGUAUUGGCGUCAUCAGCAUACAGAGAGCCUAUCCGUUGUCUCUCGGUUCCAACAUCGGCACCACCACCACGGCCAUCUUGGCAGCCAUGGCCAGUCCAGGAGACACUUUGGCUAACGCUCUGCAGAUUGCCCUCGUACACUUUCUGUUCAACAUCUCUGGCAUUAUUCUGUGGUAUCCGAUUCCAUUCACCCGAUUCCCCAUCCGACUGGCCAAAGCCUUGGGGAACAUCACGGCCUCCUACCGCUGGUUCGCCGCAGUCUACAUCAUCUUCUGCUUCUUCCUGUUGCCGCUCCUCGUCUUCAGUCUGUCGCUGGCUGGAUGGCAGGUCCUGGUGGGCGUGGCGUGCCCUCUCGUAGCCCUUCUGAUCAUCAUCGUCGUUAUCAACGUGUUGCAGAAGAGGAAGCCCGAGUGUCUGCCGGCCGCAUUGCGGUCUUGGGACUUCCUCCCUCUUUGGGCGCAUUCUCUGGAACCCUGGGACAAAGUGGUGGGUGUGAUCACCGCCAAAUGUUGCUGCUGCUGCAAAUGUUGCAAAGGUGAUGAGGAUAAAGGGCGAGACACCGAGAAGGGCCAUAGAGAAGCCUAUGAUAACCCUGCAAUGUGUGCAGACAGGGAAAGUGUGUUGAGUGUGAAAAUGACGAAACUUUGAGUUUCCCCCGACGAGGUACUUGAUUGCACAAGAUUAACUUUAUUAUUUAUGUCCUCCCAAAAUUAUUUAUUGUAAUGUAAGAGCGACGAUGGAGCAACUGUGAGCUGAUUCUAGCAAAUGUCUGACUGUAAUGUA